UCAACACACCCUCGUCUGUGUUAUCAGUGAAGUAGAAGAAGAAGGGCUAUUCUGCCCCGCCUUUUGACUGACUUCGACUAAAUUUGUUUUUAUGUGUCAGUGGUUUGUUUAUGACACGGUUCACUGACUCCGUUAGCUUAACAACGGACCAAGUGUAUAUGGCAGUAAAAACGCGCGUGUUGAUGUUUACCUUAAUGGCAAGUAUUUAACCGUGAACGAGGCAGACUUAAAAGUGGUAGUUAGCAGUAAUGCUAAGUAUUGGUCACUCUUACGGCUAAAUUGCAUUUUCUAGCCUAGCAGUGACUAGCACAGUAUAACGUUAUGGCGUGAGCCUGGACAGGAAAGUGGUCGUUUUGACGGCGCCUGGACUAAGCCCUUUCAAUUAACGUUAUAAGAUUAAUAUUGAUAGGCGGGAGACAAGCGCAUGUGUGUGACCCUUAAAGCAUUUGCAAGUUAGGCUUUUAGAAAGCUGCCUGACUUGCUAGCUAAAAUCACGUUAGCAUGGCGUCAGAUAUAAGUGACACGGAGGAAUUCUAUGAUGCUUCCGAGGACGUUAAUUUUACUCCAUCUCCAAAAGUGUCACCUGCAAAGUUUUUCAUUCCUUCACCUAAGCUUUUACAGAGAUCAGUAGUCACUGCACAAGUUGGGAGCUGUGGAGUGGCCGUGUCUGAGACUCAACAAGAUGAUUCCCUACAGAUCAUCGAUAGCAUCAUUGAGGAGAGUCAAAAGGGAAGUGAUGUUGGUGAAGUGGUUCAACUGUUAGACCAGUUGCAUGUUGAUGUGAGAGCAGAAUCGGAGCCAAAAGAAGAGGAUAAUGUGCAAGAAGUUCCUGUAGAGCUGCCAACACCAGCUGUCAAACCUCAGCUUGCUGAGAGCCAUGAGGAACAACAGGAAAGUGAAACAACAAAUGGAGCAUGCUCAGUACCUGCCACUGAACCCCCAAAUCUCCCAGGACCAUCAUCUGGGCCACCAGAACAUGUUCAGCCCCUAGACAUCACCAGCACCAUAGGACAGAGUCAGUCAGAUGAGGCUGUUGUUGCAGAAGGGGAGCAAGAGCAGAGACCUGCAGACAUCUUAGACCAGGUCCAACUCACAGACAGGCCGGCUGAUUCAGACUCCUCUGGACCUAAAAAACCCCCACGUCAAUUCACAGUGGAACCAGACAUUGUAGCCAGCACCAAGAAGCCUGCCCCCUCACGCCCACCCCUUCCCAGUGGAGCUCCUCCACCAAGACCGCCUCCACCAUCUUGGCAAUGUCUACCUUCCAAGAAGUCUCAGGAGUGUCUGAGGCCAAGCAGUCUGGAAGUGUCUGCAGUGAUUCCAGUUAGCAGUGAUACCCUGGAGAUGUCCGGCCUGCUCUCUCCUAGCAGCACAGUGAGGAGUCUAACCAAAGACCUGCAGCAUUCCUUGGAUCUGGCCAGUGCUACCAGUGGGGACAAGGUGGUGACAGCACAAGAAAAUGAGGAUGAACAAGCCUCAUCUCAGAGUGGAGGUCAAACUCCAGGCCCUCAGCGUCCCCGUUCCAACUCUGGUAGAGAACUGACAGAUGAUGAAAUCCUGGCCAGUGUAAUGAUCAAGAAUCUGGAUACUGGGGAAGAGAUUCCUCUAAUCCAGGCAGAAGAGAAACUUCCUGCUGGGAUUAACCCCCUUACUCUGCACAUCAUGAGGCGGACCAAGGAGUACAUUUCAAAUGAUGCAGCACAGUCAGAUGAUGAUGACAAGCCUCAGGCCCCUCUGGCAGACACAGAUGGAGGAAAACUGAAACAGAAAACAACCCAGUUAAAAAAAUUCCUGGGAAAAUCUGUGAAGAAGGCCAAACAUCUCGCUGAGGAAUAUGGAGAGAAGGCAGUCAACAAAGUGAAAAGUGUGCGUGAUGAAGUGUUUCACACAGAUCAGGAUGAUCCAUCAUCCAGUGACGAUGAGGGCAUGCCUUACACCAGGCCUGCCAAGUUCAAGGCAGCACACAGCUUCAAGGGUCCCUUUGAUUUUGAUCAGAUUAAAGUUGUACAGGACCUGAGCGGAGAGCACAUGGGGGCCGUUUGGACAAUGAAGUUCUCGCACUGUGGGAGGCUGCUGGCAUCCGCAGGGCAAGAUAAUGUGGUUCGCAUCUGGGUCUUGAAGACUGCCUUUGACUACUUCAAUAACAUGAGAAUAAAGUACAACACUGAAGGUCGAGUUUCACCGUCUCCUUCCCAGGAAAGUUUAUGUUCCUCUAAAUCUGACACAGAUCUAGGGGCAAGCUGUGUUCCAGAGGACCAAGACACAGAAGAUAGAAAUGCCCCUUUCCGUCACGUCCCCUUUUGCAAGUACAAGGGCCAUACCGCUGAUCUGCUGGACUUAUCCUGGUCUAAGAACUUCUUUCUGCUCUCUUCUUCGAUGGAUAAAACAGUCAGAUUGUGGCACAUAUCCAGGAGAGAGUGUCUCUGCUGCUUCCAACACAUUGAUUUUGUUACAGCCAUUGCUUUCCAUCCCAGAGAUGAUCGAUACUUUUUAAGUGGCUCUUUGGAUGGAAAGCUUCGGCUCUGGAACAUUCCAGACAAGAAGGUGGCGUUGUGGAAUGAGGUAGAUGGCCAAACUCGGCUCAUCACUGCUGCCAACUUCUGCCAAAAUGGGAAGUAUGCUGUCAUUGGCACCUAUGAUGGUCGAUGCAUCUUCUAUGACACAGAGCGUUUGAAAUACCACACUCAAAUUCAUGUGAGGUCCACUAGAGGCAGGAACAAAGUUGGACGCAAGAUCACUGGCAUUGAACCUCUACCUGGAGAGAAUAAGAUUUUAGUAACCUCAAAUGAUUCCCGCAUUCGCCUUUAUGACCUUAGGGACUUGUCUCUGUCCAUGAAAUACAAGGGUUAUGUCAACAGCAGCAGCCAGAUCAAGGCGAGCUUCAGCCAUGACUACUCCUUCAUCGUCAGUGGAUCAGAGGAUAAGUACGUGUACAUCUGGAGCACUUAUCAUGACCUGAGCAAGUUCACAUCUGUACGACGUGACCGCAAUGACUUCUGGGAAGGAAUUAAAGCACACAAUGCUGUGGUCACCUCAGCCAUUUUUGCACCCCACCCGGGCCUCAUUGUUCCACAAGAAACAGGGGCAGAGAAACCAGAAGCAGAGUGCAAGAGCCUGGACUCCACAGAUUCUGAAACAAUCCCCUCAGGAGCCCUGAAGACAGAUCACACAGAGGUUCUUCUCUCUGCUGACUUCACUGGAGCCAUUAAGGUUUUUAUCAAUGUGAAAAAGUAUUGAGCGUCGCAGAAGUCGUCAGCUCUUUAUGUUCAGGCCCAUGUUGAGCAUUGGUUUUAAAGAAUAUAGGACUGCCUCCGUCACCCAGCUACCUAAUGGUUAUUGCUCUGAGACAAAGAGCUGUUUCAGGAGAACAAGAGCCCAAAAAUGAACAACGGGUAAGAGGAUUGGUAGAAGAAAUGGACUGUACAAAGCAGACAUGGUCUAGUUCCUGUCACAUUUCAAUGUUUUUUUUAAAAUACCAAGCAACUGUGAAUGGUUUGACAUUAAAAUUUAGAAAAAGAACUGAAGCUAAAUCUGUUCAGACAUGUUUGUGUAAAUCUACAAGUGUAUGGUCAAUGAACACAGCUUAGAAGGCUUUAACAGUAUGGGCACCUUGUAAGUUUAUUUUGCUCCAACAUUUCAGAAAAAUUAAAGUAAUGCAAGUGCAAAACACUG